AACUCUCGUUGAAAAACUAAAGUUUACGCAAAUUUUUAUUGGAAAUUUGUAAAACUUUUUGCAAAUAGUUUUAAAAACAGCUUGUGCAUUUCCGGAGUUAAAGUAAAAGAAAAAGGAAAAUGUCGCAAGGUUUAACCUCGCUACAGGGCGGAUCCAACAAGGUGUUCAUACAACGUGAUUACAGCGAAGGCACCUCGGUCAAAUUCCACACACGACUCCCCAGCGAACUAGAAGGCCUGGUUGAGCGGCAAGUAUUUGAGUCAACCAUCAAUAGGCUGAAUGAAUUUUUUGCGGAGGCGGAAAAAGGCUCUUGUAGUACAUAUUGUGAGGGAUGUAUUGGCUGCAUCACCGCUUACUUGGUGUACAUGUGUUCGGAAACACACUACGAAAAGGUAAGUGCUGCGUUUAUAUCAAUAACUU